AUGAAUAAAACGUUAGACAAGUUCUUGAAGUCUCAGAAGAAAUUGACAGAAAAAGAAUAUAAUGAUCAGUUCACUAAAAUUCGUACUGAACAAGACAAGCGGCUUCGUUCAAAUGCCUUAUGUAAGGUUGGUAAAGAGGAGAGGUAUAUUAAAAAGAACCGAUAUCGGGAUAUUCUUCCUUUUGAUAAUAAUCGAGUCCGUCUAAGACAGCAGAGCAAAUCUAAUGGUGACGCAGUAACAGAGGAGGACGAUGGAGACUAUAUUAAUGCGUCGCCUAUCCAAUAUGAUAACACGAAUACUAAAUACAUCGCUGCUCAAGCUCCGCUAAAGGAAACUCUAGAUGAUUGGUUUCACAUGAUUCAACAGGAAAAUGUUGGUGUGAUUGUUUGUUUAUGCAAAUUGGUUGAGUCGAAUAAGGUAAAAUGUGAACGUUAUUGGCCUGAAUCUAGUAAGAAGGAAGAAAAGUUUGGAGAGACAACAGCUACUUUAGUAGAAGAGAAAAAAGAUGAGGAAUUUACCAGAAGAGAUUUAGAAUUAUGUUAUCCUGAUGGAAGUAUGGAGAAGGUGGUGCAGCUGCACUACACGGAAUGGCCAGACCAUGGUUGCCCAUCCUCUGAAGGACCAAUUUUAAAACUGAUUAGAACUAUAAGCGAAAUUCGUGAUGAAUCUUCAAAGAAAACAGUUGCGGUCGAACGGGCACUGUCAUCGCAGCAAAUGUUGCACGAGAGCUUAUUAGCGGACCGGUCAGGAUUUUUUUUUUUUGACAGUACCACAUAUGGAAGAAAAUUUUUUUGCGGUGAUAUUUUGGUGAAGGAGAAGAAAUUGAAGGAAUUGCGCUUGGACGUGAUUGUUUCUAAGCUAAGGGGAAAGAGGGUAUCGAUGAUACAGACUUUAGAUCAAUAUCGGUUCUUAUACAAAUUGGUUGCCCACUUUUGUCAAGAAAAGGUUCAAAUUACUGGUACUAACGAGGAAAACAAAAGGCCGGGUGAUAGCUUCGAGUCUAAGGGAAAGAAAGAGGGAUCAUGCAUUGAAGAGUCAGGUGACGACAAAAACAAUAUGAAGGGAACAAUUCCAGAAUAUCCGGAUGAAGUUCUUGAAGAGCCAGUGGCUGCAGAUAAGGAUCUGGAGUGA